AUGAGCACGAAACUCGUCAGGACUCGAAUCUAGAUGUGCUGCCCAGGGUUGGCUGGUCGAUGGAUACCCGUUUGUUCGCCGACGAAUCAUCACCGCCUGCCGAUGCCGCCGCCUCCGCCGCCGCCGCCGCCGCAGCCCGUUACGCCGACAACAUGAAGGGCCUGCUACUCGCUGUUCUCUCCAGCGCUUUCGUUGGAGCUAGCUUCAUCGUCAAGAAAAAAGGCCUCAGGCGCGCUGGCAGCUCUGGUUCCAGCGCAGGGUCCGGUGGGUACCGGUAUCUUCUGGAGCCACUUUGGUGGGUUGGGAUGGUGACGAUGCUUGUUGGUGAAAUUGCGAACUUUGUCGCUUAUAUAUUCGCCCCUGCGAUUCUUGUGACCCCCCUUGGAGCUUUGAGCAUUAUCGUGAGUGCUGUCCUUGCGCACUUCAUCCUGAAGGAGAGGCUGCAGAGGAUGGGGGUUUUGGGCUGUGUGCUAUGCAUCGUUGGUUCUACUGUUAUUGUACUUCAUGCACCAGAAGAGAGGAAUCCAAGCUCGGUGGAGCAGAUAUGGUAUUUGGCGACCCAACCAGCUUUUCUUUUGUAUGCGGCGUCAGCGGUUGCCGUCUCACUAGUAUUGAUGUUGCAUUGUUCACCACGGUACGGGCAAACAAACAUAAUGGUCUAUUUGGGUAUAUGCUCAGCUAUUGGAUCUUUGACGGUUAUGAGUAUUAAGGCUGUUGGUAUUGCAAUUACGCUUACUUUUGAGGGAAUCAAUCAGGCAAUCUACUUUCAGACUUGGGUAUUUGCUAUGGUUGCCAUUACAUGCAUCAUAAUUCAGUUGAACUAUUUAAAUAAGGCGGAGAAGCCCUUACAAAUCACUUCCACCUCCUCAGUGCGUGAAGUAGCUGAAUCUCUUUCACCUUCUCGGUGCGGCGGAGCAGCCGGAUCCUUCCCACGAAGAGACGCUUCCCGAAAUUUCCCUCAAGAAAAAACACUGACCUUGGAAGAAGAACAAUAUCACUGA